AUGGAGAACGGAGCUACAGAAGUUAAUAGUCUCACAGAACAAAUUUCUAACUUAGAAACUCAAGAACCAAAACAUAAUGCUUUACAAGAAUCAUCUCAUGACGUAGUUGUUACCAGAGUUGAUGAUGAUCCUAUACUUUCUGUAACAACUUUUGAAGAUUUAAAAUUGAAUGAAAAUCUUUUGAAGGGUAUCUACGAAAUGGGUUUCACGAAACCAUCGAAAAUCCAAGCGAAAGCUUUACCGUUGCUUAUUAAAACUCCCCCACAAAACAUGAUCGGGCAAUCUCAGUCCGGUACGGGUAAAACAGCGGCAUUCGUAUUAACCAUGUUGAGUCGAAUAGAUUUCGAUUUGAAAUCAUUACAGGCGCUCUGUUUAGCACCAUCAAGAGAGUUGGCUCGUCAAAUCAUGGUGGAAGUUCUUAAAAUGGCAAAAUAUACACCAGUAAUGACUGCAGAGGCAAUUAGAGAAUCCAAUGUCAAAAGUUAUACAACUGGUAAAAGUAGAAAUGAAGAAUUUGCUGAAGCUCAAUUGAUUGUUGGUACUCCUGGUACCGUCUACGAUUUGUUCAGGAGGCGUAUUAUCAAUAAGAAUACCAUAAAAAUCUUUGUGUUGGAUGAAGCUGAUAAUAUGCUGGAUCAACAGAGUUUAGGAGAUCAAAGUAUCAAAAUAAAAAAUAUGAUGCCCAAGGACUGUCAAAUUGUCCUCUUCUCGGCAACUUAUUCACGAGAGGUUCGAUCUUUUGCCGAAAGAUUUGCACCGAAUGCAAAUCAAUUUAGUCUAAAGGUUGAAGAACUAUCCGUGAAAACCAUUUCUCAAUUUUACAUGGAUUGCAAAAACGAGCAGCACAAAUUUCAGGUUUUGGAUGAUCUGUACACUUUACUUACAAUCGGUCAAAGUAUUAUUUUCGUGCAGAAACGUGAUACCGCGGACAUUAUUGCCAGACGCAUGACUGAGAAUGGCCAUAAAGUCAUUAACCUUCAUGGAGGUCUUUCAGCAAACGAACGUGAUCAUGUGAUGGAUGGUUUCCGCAGGGGGGACGCCAAAGUAUUGAUUACCACUAAUGUGUUGUCGCGUGGUAUUGAUGUCUUACAGGUCAACCUAGUGAUUAAUUAUGAUUUACCAACGGAUGCUACUGGCAAACCCGAUUUCGAAACUUAUCUUCAUCGUAUUGGACGUACCGGAAGAUUUGGUCGUACUGGAGUGUCCAUUAACUUUGUUCAUGAUGCAAACAGUUGGGAAGUUGUAAAAUCAAUUGAACAACAUUUCCAGAGAGAAAUCAUCAAAAUCGAGAUAAUCUUUCCAUUUAAUAAUAUUUGCUAG